UCCUCCUGCUGGGGCCAGGACCAAAAGCUGCUUUGCUUGCUGGGGAACAGACAAAUGUGGAAAGCAGAGCGGUUCACACUGUGAAGGGCUGGAGAACAGAGGCUUCACCCUCCUGUGGAGAAAGGAGGAGGACAAUCCAAAAAGAGCAAGAGGUGUUUGCCAUAAAGAAAGGUGUGGCUGGUUGAGACACACUCGUUAUACCUGACUGCUCGGACAUGUCUGGCUCGGGGAGAGGGGCAAAGUGAGGAAGGAUCUGUUUUCUGUGAAUUUGAGAGUUGGAGAGGGCAGGAGAGCACCUCCUCCACCCUGGGACUGCUCAUGGCAGGAGAGACGCCCGCUUCAGACUGUUCUCUCAUCGACCACAGCCACGUCCCGGAGUUUGAGGUGGCUCUGUGGGUCAAGAUCACCUUGGCCUUGAUCUACAUCUGCAUCUUUGUCGCGGGCCUCUUGGGCAACAGCAUCACCAUCAAAGUCACCAGGAUCCUGCAGAGGAAAGGCUACCUGCAGAAGGAGGUCACUGACCACAUGGUGAGCCUGGCCUGCUCCGACCUGCUGGUCAUCCUGCUGGGCAUGCCCGUGGAAUUCUUCAGUGCCAUCUGGAGCCCCUUUUCCACCCCCAAUGGCAACAUUGCCUGCAAGCUCUACUACUUCCUCUUCGAGGCCUGCAGCUAUGCCACGGUGCUGCACGUGGCCACGCUCAGCUUUGAGAGGUACGUGGCCAUCUGCCACCCCUUCCGGUUCAAGGCCGUGUCCGGGCCCCGCACGGUGAAGCUGCUCAUUGCCUUUGUCUGGGGCACAUCUCUCCUUGUGGCUCUGCCCCUGCUCUUUGCCAUGGGCACAGAAUAUCCCCUGGAGGUCAUUGAGGGCUACCAGAGAACCAGCUCCUGUGUCAAGCCUACUCCCAGGCACUACAUCCCUGAGCUGAAGCACAACAUGACCAUCUGCACCUGCCUCUCCUCCAGGUGGUCUCUGUUCCAAGCUAGCAUCUUCAGCGCCUUUGCUGUGUACAUCGUGGUGCUGGGCUCUGUCACCUUCAUGUGCCACAGCAUGAUGAAAGCCCUGAUGAUCCACAAGAAGGGGGCUGUGGCAGUGAAGGGUGGACAAAAGCACCAGGAGCAGUACCUGAGGAAAAGUGAAAGUUCGGAGGGCAAGAGCUCCAGGAGACAGAUCACUUUAUUCCUGGGACUGAUCAUUGCCACUCUGGCGGUUUGCUGGAUGCCAAACCAGGUCAGGAGGAUCAUGGCAGCUGCCAAACCGAAGCAGGACUGGACCGUCCCCUACUUCAGAGCCUACAUCACCCUCCUUCCCAUCGCCGACAUCUUCUUCUACCUCAGCUCGGUGGUGAACCCGCUGCUGUACAACGUGUCCUCGCAGCAGUUCCGCAGCGUGUUCCUGCAGGUGCUGCGCUGCCGCCUCCGCCUGCAGCACGCCAACAGGGAGCGCUUCCUCAGGGCCACCCAGAGCUCCGGGGCGCGCAGCAGCCGCUCCUUGCGCCCGCUGCUCCUCAUCUCCUCCAGGCGCAGCUCCUCCACCAAGGGCAACGCCAAAGUUUUCCUGAGCACCUUCCAGAAGGAGCCCACGCCCAGCUGCAGCCCACAGGAGACGGGUCCUGCACCCCCAGAUCCCAGCCUGGAAGAGGUGUCCCUCGAGAGCGGCUCAGAGCCCGGUCAGGGCGCACAGAACGGCCUUUGUGAACAUCAAGUGUGACUUCAUAAGGCAAAGUUAAUGCUUAGCAAUGAGC